AUGUCAACCACCCACCUCACCCCCCACGAAUCCAUCUGCGACGCCACAAUCCGCAUGGUGCAAGCCAUCGACGACAACGACGCCGCCCUCCUCACCAGCGCCUUCACAGAAACCGCAACCUACGACCUCCGGCCCUUCUCCUUCCUCGGCCUCACCUUCGGCCUCCUCACCGGCCGCUCCACCAUCGUCCCCACCCUCCUCGCCGCCGUAGGCAAAAUGGACACCACCCACACCCUCUCCAACUUCCGCACCAAGAUCUCCUCGGAUGGCAAGAGAGCGCAUCUGACGUGCUAUACGUACGCGCAGCAUUUCCGGCCCGGCGAGGGACGGCCUUAUCAGAAGGGGAAUGGGUUUUUGAUGGGGAAUCGGUAUGAGGGGGAUUUGGUGCUGGAUGAGGGGGAGGGGGUUUGGAGGUUUGAGAGGUUUGUGCUGUGGUGUGUUUGGAGUCAGGGGGAUUUUGGGGUUUUUGAGGAUGCGGCGAGGGAGAAUGAGGAGGGGAGGGAGUGA